GGAGAUUGGCCUGAGGGGAGAGAGAGGGGUGGGGUGCUCCUUCGUCUUCCCGCCGGUGCCCUUGCCCUUGCCCUCGCGGGGCUUCCUUCGUUUCGUCUCUGUCGGUCGUAAUCGAUCAGUUGUGGCGAUGGCGUCUCUAAGCGUGCAGAAGACGGCGGGCGGCCGCGAGUACAAGGUGUCGGACAUGUCUCUGGCCGACUUUGGGAGAAUGGAGAUCGAGAUAGCGGAGGUGGAGAUGCCCGGUCUGAUGGCUUGUCGAGAGGAAUUCGGCCCAUCGCAGCCGUUGAAAGGGGUGAAGAUCAGCGGCAAUUUGCACAUGACAGUUCAAACUGCGGUGUUGAUUGAGACUCUCACGUCGCUGGGAGCCGAAGUGAGAUGGUGCUCGUGCAACAUCUUCUCGACCCAGGACCAUGCUGCGGCGGCCAUAGCCAGAGACAGCGCCGCCGUCUUCGCCUGGAAGGGGGAGACGUUGGAAGAGUACUGGUGGUGUAUGGAGCGCGCCAUCGACUGGGGAGAUGGCGGCGGUCCCGACCUGAUCGUCGACGACGGCGCCGACAUGACGCUGCUCAUUCACGAAGCUGUGAAGGCGGAAGAACUCUUCGAGAGAGACGGCGCUCUCCCAGACCCUAGCUCGUUUUCGAACGCCGACUUCCAGAUAGUUCUGUCAAACAUCCGCGAUAAUGUGACGAAGUCUCCGAGAAAGUUCCGCGACAUUGCGAAGAAGAUCGUCGGCGUUUCCGAGGAAACUACCACAGGCGUGAAUCGUCUCUGCGCGUUAGAGAAACUGCGCGAGCUUCUCUUUCCGGUAAUCAACGUGAACGAUUCUGUGACGAAGUGCAAGUUCGACAAUCUCUACGGAUGUCGGCAUUCGCUGCCGGACGCGGUGAUGAGGGGGACGGACGUGAUGAUCGCGGGUAAGGUGGCGAUGGUGUUCGGCUAUGGCGAUGUGGGGAAGGGGAGCGCGGCGGCGCUGAUGAGCGCCGGCGCGCGGGUGAUCGUAGCGGAAGCGGAUCCCAUCUGCGCGUUGCAGGCGGUUAUGGAAGGAUAUCAAGUGUUAAGGAUGGAGGAUGCAGUAGAGUAUGUGGACAUCUUCGUGGCGGCGACGGGUGGUAAGAGUAUCAUCAUGGCUAGCGACAUGGUGAAGAUGAAGAACAAUGCCAUCGUGUGUAAUAUCGGGCACUUGGAUCAUGAGAUAGAUAUGACGGGAUUGGAAAGCUACCCUGGGGUGAAGAAGACCACCAUCAAACCCCAAACGGAUAGAUGGGUGUUUCCAGAGACGGGGAGGGGUAUUAUAAUGUUGGCAGAGGGGAGGACGGUCAACCUAGGUUGUGCGACCGGACACCCUAGCUUCGUCAUGUCUUGCUCUUUCACUAAUCAGGUGAUGGGACAACUAGAGUUAUGGAAGGAGAGAGGAUGUGGUACGUACGAGAAAAAGGUGUAUCGAUUGCCCAAGGAGCUGGACGAGAAGGUGGCUGCCCUCCAUCUCUCCAAGCUCGGCGUCAAGUUGACAAGACUCACCGAAGAACAGGCGGCCUACAUCAAUGUGUCCGUAGACGGACCCUACAAACCUGAGCACUACAGAUAUUGAGUAUUGAGACUCUACCCAUCAGGCUGAAAGGCCGUUACUUCACAGGUAGGUAGGAAGGUAGAGCACAUGCGAGAGACACAGACUUCGUGCGCGCGCGCGCCCGAAAGAAAGAGAGAGAGAGAGAGAGAGAGAGAGAGAGAGAGAGAGAGAGAGAGAGAGAGAGAGAGAGAGAGAGAGAAGAGUGGAAGAUUAUUGUUUUUUUAUUAUUUUGUGUGUGUGUGUGAGAGAGAGAGAGAGAAGAAUGGAGGAUUAUUGCAUUUUCUUAUGAACAGUUCACCUCCUCCUUGACAUGGGUUGAGCGAUCGAAUAAAACCAUGUGUGUGUGUGUGUGUUGCGGGCACGCACACACACACGCACACACACAGAGAGAGAGAGAGAGAGAGAGAGAGAGAGAGAGAGAGAGAGAGAGAGAGAGAGAGAGAGAGAGAGAGAGACGGAUCGGACAUUGCCGCGAACGUUCAGUUCAACUGCUGUCUCGCGGGGACAGUGAUCUGUCCCAUAGUCUGGUGUUUGGUUCAUCCUGUGAUGCGUUCGCCAAUGUCAUUUCGCAUGUCGAAAAUUAAUUGUUUUUAUCAUUACUUUGCUCCUCGAAGAUUUCUUUGAACUUAUUAUUACGUCCGAAAUCGU